UCCACAGCGUAAUCGAAUCGUCGUUCGGAGUGAAAAGAAAGCGGCAACCACAGCGAAACCAGCGUCCCAACAGCAACAACCGCUGAGAGAAGAGAGAAAUUCGGAGAGAGCUCUGAGAGAGAGUAUUCUGAUUCUGGAAGCGUAAGGCUUCCUCUGAAUCUUCAGCUCAAUCCUUGUGUUUGGAUCUGCUCUUCUCUCAAUCUGCCUGUUUUGGAUCCUCAUGAUUGGAUCCUUGUGAUCAUUCUCUCUCGCAUUCUAUAUCUGAUGUCUUGAGAGUGACGCUGCAUCCAUCGCGAUUCUUCGUUCCGUUUCCGUUUCAGUUAGGAUUGGUGAUGGAGGCCUCUGUUAUUACUCCUGGACAGAUAUCAUUCCUUCUUGGAGUAUCUCCCAUCUUUGUUUCAUGGAUAUACGCAGAAUUCCUUGAAUAUAGGAAAUCUUCAACUCCUUCUAAAGCUCAUUCAGACAUUAAUCUGCCUGAAUUGGGAGUUGGGACAAUAAAAGAAGAUGAUCAAGCCGUUCUAUUGGAAGGAGGUCUGACUAGAUCAGCGUCUGCAAAGAUUCAUAAUUCGUCCAUCAUAACGAAUUUGAUAAGGUUUUUCACACUGGAUGACUCUUUCUUGCUAGAAAAUCGAGCUACCUUGAGAGCAAUGUCUGAAUUCGGAGUGAUUCUGUUGUAUUUCUUUGUCUGUGACCGUACAUCUAUUCUGGCAGAUUCGAAGAAGAAUUACAACCGUGACCUCUUUCUAUUUCUCUACAUCAUUCUCAUCAUUGUUUCAGCAGCAACGUCCUUAAAAAAGCACGGUGACAAGUCAGCAUUCUCUGGGAAAUCUAUUCUUUACCUUAAUAGGCAUCAGACAGAGGAGUGGAAAGGAUGGAUGCAGGUUCUUUUCUUAAUGUAUCAUUAUUUUGCUGCUGCAGAGAUAUACAAUGCAAUACGUAUGUUUAUUGCUGCAUAUGUCUGGAUGACCGGAUUUGGAAAUUUUUCCUAUUAUUAUAUCCGAAAGGAUUUCAGCGUUGCUCGCUUUGCUCAGGUUAUACAUUUUCUUUCCUUAUGCUUAAAACUGUUUCUACCUUCAAAGCUCUAUAUACCACCCGGCCAAAAAAAUGUUGAUGAAAGAACUUCUGUUAAUAUCUAUUAUUGUAUGCAGAUGAUGUGGCGGCUAAAUUUCUUCGUUAUCUUUUGCUGUAUCAUUCUCAAUAACGAUUAUAUGCUGUACUACAUCUGCCCAAUGCAUACACUUUUCACUCUAAUGGUUUAUGGAGCUCUGGGUAUUUUUAACAAGUAUAACGAGAAAAGCUCAGUGAUAGCAGUGAAGUUUCUUGCUUGCUUUCUUGUUGUAAUCCUCAUUUGGGAAGUUCCUGGUGUUUUCGAUGCAUUUUGGAGUCCUUUGACAUUCCUUUUAGGUUAUACUGAUCCUUCAAAACCUCAACUCCCUAAAUUGCAUGAAUGGCAUUUCAGAUCUGGACUCGACCGGUAUAUUUGGAUUAUCGGAAUGAUCUAUGCCUAUUUUCAUCCCAAUGUUGAAAAAUGGAUGGAGAAAUUAGAGGAAGCUGAAACCAGGAAGAGAAUAUCAAUUAAAGCGUGCAUAGUUUCAGUUGCUUUAUUCGUUGGUUAUAUGUGGUACGAGUGGAUUUAUAAGCUGGAUAAAAUUACAUAUAACAAGUAUCAUCCUUACACAUCAUGGAUUCCCAUAACUGUUUAUAUUUGCCUGCGGAAUUUUACCCAACAGUUUCGGAACUACUCUUUGACGCUCUUUGCGUGGCUCGGCAAGAUUACCCUUGAAACUUACAUUUCACAGUUUCACAUAUGGUUGAGAUCAAAUGUGCCCAAUGGACAACCUAAGUGGCUUCUGUGUAUCAUUCCAGAUUAUCCUUUGCUCAAUUUCAUGCUCACUACCGCAGUCUAUAUCUUUCUCUCUCUUAGGAUAUUUGAAUUGACAAAUACACUUAAGGCAGCCUUUAUUCCCACGAAAGAUGAUAAGCGUCUACUGCAUAAUUUAGUUGCUGCAUCUGCAAUUGGUUUAUGUUUAUACAGCAUCUCGUUGAUUUUCUCCGGUUUCUUCAUUUGACGAUAUUAAUGUGAAUCCAUGGACUAGAGCAAUUUCUGCAGUUGUUUAUUUCCAGUUGGAAAUGUGCACCAGUGAAAUAUGGAGUUGAAGUUUUUGGUUGCAAAUCGAACCCGUUUUCGAUAGGCCCUCCUCAAAGACGAGGCUGCAGAAAUACGCAGGCAGAAAAGAAUUUUUUUGUUACAUUUCCAUUCCCCUCUCCCCAAAGAAAAAAUAGCCGAUUUUGGUGGCGCAGCAUUGGUCUUUGAUGUAUUAUAGUAUUCAAAAUUGAAGUUAUGACAAUUUGCAAAAAAUCUAUAUCCAUUUCCAUCUUCUAGAAAGUUAUUAUA